CUCUCUCUCUCUCUCUCUCUCAGUAAAAAAUGGCAGCGUUUUGAUUGCAUUGUCUAGGGUUGAUUGCAACCCUAAACUUCUUGAGUUUUAUUAUUGUUGCAGGCUAUGCUGCCCUAAACUCCUAAAGGAAAGGUGGCAUUUAUGUUUAACUUAAAGCAUAAAAUUGACAUUAUUAUAAAGUAAAGGUUAGCUGAAUAAACUGGAUUGAUCCAGUAUCAUCCUGAGCAAGACAGAAGUUGAAAGAAAGAAUAGAUCAUCUGUUUGACAUCAUAAAUGGAAGUUUUGUGACAUAGCCAUCAUUGCAGCCACUCUGGAACAGUUCCUGAAACAAUACUGCCAACAUGAGUCGCCGCCUGCCACUCCCCGAGCUUUCUGAAGCUGACAUCUGUGGGAUGUUCCGUGAAGAGCUCAGCCAGGGGAAUGACUUCCACAAAUCGGAUACCCACAUCUUCAUCAUCUUUGGAGCUUCGGGAGACCUAGCCAAGAAGAAGAUCUAUCCAACUAUCUGGUGGUUAUAUCGUGAUGGGCUGCUUCCUGACGACACGUAUGUGGUGGGCUAUGCCCGAUCCCAGCUCACAGUUGCCGAUAUCCGCAAACAGAGUCACCCGUAUCUCAAGGCCAGCCCCGAGGAAGAAAAAAAACUGGACAAUUUUUUUGCUCGCAAUUCGUACAUCUCAGGCCAAUAUGAUGACCAGGCCUCUUUUGAAAAGCUAAACGCCCACCUGAAUGCCCUUCACAAUGGAGAGAAGGCAAACCGCCUCUUCUAUCUGGCUCUCCCGCCCAGUGUCUACAAGGAAGUCACUACGCACAUCCGGGAAACCUGCAUGAGCUCUGUUGGCUGGAAUCGGCUGAUUGUGGAAAAGCCCUUCGGCAAGGAUUUGGAGAGCUCCAAUGAUCUAUCCAAUCACAUGUCGGCACUGUUUAGAGAGGACCAGCUCUAUCGCAUUGACCACUACCUGGGCAAGGAGAUGGUGCAGAACUUGAUGGUGCUCAGAUUUGGAAACCGGAUAUUCGGCCCCAUCUGGAACCGUGACAACGUGGCCUGUGUCAUCCUGACUUUCAAAGAGCCAUUUGGCACAGAGGGUCGGGGAGGCUACUUCGAUGAGUUUGGCAUCAUUCGGGACGUGAUGCAGAAUCAUCUUCUUCAGAUGCUUUGUCUGGUAGCUAUGGAGAAACCAACUUCUACCAACUCGGAUGAUGUCCGUGAUGAAAAGGUGAAGGUUCUGAAGUGCAUCAAAGAGGUGCAAUGUGAAAAUGUAGUCCUUGGGCAGUACGUGGGCAAUCCAUCUGGACAAGGAGAGGCUCAGAAGGGCUACCUUGAUGACUCCACGGUUCCAACUGGUUCUACCACCCCUACCUUUGCAGCUGCCGUGCUGUAUGUGGACAAUGAACGGUGGGAUGGAGUACCAUUUGUCUUGCGCUGUGGCAAGGCACUGAAUGAGCGCAAGGCGGAAGUACGGCUGCAGUUCCGGGAGGUGCCAGGUGACAUUUUCAAACAACAAUGCAAGCGCAAUGAAUUGGUGAUCCGUGUGCAGCCUAAUGAGGCUGUUUACACCAAGAUGAUGACCAAGAAACCAGGGAUGUUCUUCAACCCAGAAGAAUCCGAACUGGACCUCACUUAUGGCAACCGCUACAAGGAUGUGAAACUCCCAGAUGCUUAUGAGCGCCUUAUCUUGGAUGUUUUCUGUAGCAAUCAGAUGCACUUUGUGCGCAGUGACGAACUACGAGAGGCCUGGCGUAUAUUCACCCCGCUGCUCCACCAAAUCGAGGCAGAGAAGACCAAACCGAUUUCCUAUAGCUAUGGCAGCCGUGGCCCUACCGAGGCUGAUGAAUUGAUGAAGAGAGUUGGCUUUCAGUACGAAGGCACCUACCGGUGGGUCAAUCCUCACAAGCUCUGAAUCCUGCCA